GUGGGAAGUGUAGUUUGGAGACCCCGCCCUCCUCGCCAUUCCUGUAAUGGCUGCUUCCAGGAAGGCUCUGUCACGUGGAACCUCUUAGCCUCAGCAUCCGGAACUCCAGGGAGUAUUUCGAAUCAGAAUUAUUCAUAAAUACUUUAUUUGAAACUUUCUGCUCUCAAGAUCCAGAUACGUGAAGAUUCCAACAUCAUGGCUUCAGUUUCAGCACAUUUGUUCUUGGUCCUCAUUUCACUGCUCUUGGUGCUGCCUGUUGAAGCAGUAGAAGCUGGAGAUGCAAUCGCUCUCUUGCUAGGUGUGGCACUCAGCAUUACAGGCAUUUGUGCUUGUUUGGGGGUAUAUGCACGAAAGAGAAAUGGACAAAUGUGAUUUUACAGAUGGGCCUUCUAAAUCAGACCUUGCCCAGAAAACCUUUGUGAAUUAUUGAGGCUAGAAAUUGAUCUUUAGUGUCUGAAAGUUCCCAGGAAAUAGGGUAUUUUCACAUUUUUGUCCCCCUGUAAA